UAACGGGUUCGGAGGUCAUCUUACCGGAAGCACGUGAUUGCACAGCGCGUGAGGGAAAAAAAAGAAACAGUGGUCUCCACAUGUGCAACACAGUCUGCUCCAUGCUAAGAAAAGGAUUACAAGUGUUGUGAGGCUGGCUUAAAUUCGCAGUUUUCUGAUUGGAGUUUGGUCUAGCGGACGGAACAAACAUGGAGGACAUGAGCUUCAUUAAGCUGCCGGCCACUGAGGGCAAACAGCCGGCCAAGAAGAGGGCGAAACCCCCGCAGUCUAGCAUGGAGGAAGAGGAGGAGGAGGAGCGGCGGAGGAACGUAAAGAACCUGGCGGUGCUGGGGGAGAAGAACAGCUCGGUGAAGCUGCUGGAGGAGCUGGUGUUCGGGGCCGAGGAGGAGCUGCUGGAGAGACUCGUGGAGGAGGACGAGGACCAAACCGGACUCCUGCUGCUGGAGGACAAAGCUGAAGAGGAGGCAAAGGAGUCUGAGGAUGAGGGCGGAAUGCGGCAGGAGCUGCAGCCCGAGAAGAAAGCGGCGUGGGUGGACGAGGAUGACGAGUUGGAGGAAGAGGUGGACAUGAAGCAUCGUUUCCGUAGAAACCUGAUGAAAGGCGAGGCAGAGUCCACCAUGACCAAACAGAAACUGCAGCAGAGGAUGAGGGAGCAGUUCCAGAAGGCGAUGGGAGGAACUCCAUCAUGGGCGGAGAGCAGCGCCCAGAAGAGGAGGAGGAGGAGAGCUGAGGAGGAGGAGGAUGAAGAUGAUGAGGAGGAGGAUGACCUGCUGAGGAGGACGGGGAACUUUGUGGCGUCCUCGGACAGCCUGCCCAGCGGCAUCCUGAGGGUGAAGAAGUGUCUCCAUGCCAACAGCGCCCGGCCGUCUGAGGACAGGCUGACCACCGUCCAGUUCCACCCCAGCGCUCAGGUCGUCAUGACGGCCGGCCUCGACCAGUCCAUCUCCCUGUUCCAGGUGGAUGGGAAGACGAAUCCGAAGAUCCAGAGCAUCCACCUGGAGCGCUUCCCCGUCCACAAGGCGCAGUUCAGCGUGGACGGGGAGACAGUGAUCGCCACCAGCCUCAAGAACAAGAUGUUCUACCUGUACGACAUGAUGGAGGGCCGUGUCUUACCUGUGCACACCGUCAGAGGUCUGAAUGAAGCUCGAGUGAAGGAGUUUUCCGUGUGUCCUGAAGGAGGCGCUCUGCUGCUCACAGGCACCAACGGAUACCUGCACCUCCUCACCCUCAAGACAAAGGAGGUGGUUCGCAGUAUGAAGAUAAACGGUGAUGUCAGCGGCGUUGCGUUCUCUCCUGAUGGCAGCAAAGUCUUUGCAAACUCGGAGGAUGGGGAGGUGUAUGUGUGGGACAUGCGCAGUAGUCGGUGUGUGAACAGGUUUACGGACGACGGCUGCGUGAGGGGAACUUCCAUCGCCACUUCUCAAAACGGGCAGUACCUGGCCUGUGGCUCUCAGUCGGGUGUGGUCAAUGUCUACUCCCAGGAGGUGUGUCUUAAUUCAGCCAAUCCAGAGCCUCUGAAGGCAGUGAUGAACCUGCUGACCUCAGCGACCGCCCUGACCUUUAACCCCACAUCGGAGAUCCUGGCCAUUGCGUCACGCACAGAGGACGAGGCCGUGCGGCUGGUGCACCUGCCCAGCCUCACCGUCUUCUCCAACUUCCCCGUCGCCAAGAGGAAGGUCGUUUAUCGAGCCAGCUGCCUCGACUUCUCCCCGCACAGCGGUUUCUUCUCACUGGCUAACAACAAAGGCCACGCCCCCCUCUUCAGGUUGCUGCAUUACAAAGAGUUCUGAGGGGAGGAGCUUCGAGCACGAAUCGGACUGUUUCUGUAAAUACUGAAACCUGCAGAGGACCAAUCAGCUGCAGGAGGCGGAGUUUGUUUUAUUGUUUGUAUGAUGUGAUUUCAUAAAGACUCAGGAUCCCUGCAGUUUCCUCCGUUUGUUCAAAACCAGUUUUAUGAAACACUGACGUCAAAAUACAUAAAUGUGAAAGAAAAAACAUUUUAUGUAGAUUUGACAAACUGUCGAACUGUCAUCAUAGAAAUAAUGUUUUUGUUUAUUUGUCUUAAAAACACAAAGUUUCAAUUUGAGUUCAAAUUACAUCUCAGUGAGCUUUAAUUAAAGAUGAAUUCUUUAAGGACUGCUGCAGGUUUGUAAUAAUUGUAAAUAAGAUUCUACAAAAGACUAUCACAGAAAUCACUGAUUAGCUCUCAUCGUCUAAUAAAAACAGGGUCUCUCACA